AAAAGAACAUAAUAUUAAACUUUAUAUAAUUUACACUUAAAAUUAUAUUUUUAGUGAUUGCUCAAAAAUGUGUUAAAACAAAUUUAUAUUCUUACUUUAUAUUUUGAUUUAAUUGGAUUAAAGUGAAAGCGAUCUUACUUCAGUGAUUUUUAGAAAAGAAAGCAAAGGAAAACAUUUUAAUACUAUAGUCUAUAAAUAAAUAUGUUGCCGCGAACAUACUACACCGAACAAGAUAUAAGAAGACGUCAAAUUGAUACCUUAAAAAUAUUUAAUGACAAUGUGACAGAAAUUAGUGAAAAUGUGGAAUACAAAAUCGAUUUCUUGGCCGAUAACCGAAACAUGAGUCUGACCGUAGUAUUAGGACAGGAUUUUCCUAACACGAAUCCAUCUAUUUUCGUCAAUCCUGCUAUCUCUCACCCUUGGUUAUCGGAUAACACAAACCAGGUUGUGAAUGCUCCGGGACUACUAAAUUUUACUCAACACUCGGAUUUGGGUCGAGUCGUACAAGCUAUUAUAAGAGAAUUCCAAAAAUCAGUACCAAAUAUCAAAAGUGAAAAUGUAUCAGCAAAUGUCAGUCCUCAAUCAAAUUUCAACAUAAACUCUUUAAUGUUUCCGGAGUUAAGUGAACUGUCUAUUGAGGAGCUACAGGAAAUCAUUGAGAAUCCCGACCUUCAGGACAAAUUACUUGAAUCAAAUCCGCAACUCAUAGAACUUGAUAUGGAGACUGAGGAAGUUAUGGCGAGCAUUGAGAAAAUAGCACAAGAUAACAUUUCAAAGCAACAAAUACUAGAUGAUCUUAAAACUGAUGUUCUGGAUAGAAUAUCUACAAUAGUUCAAAUGAAGAUGAACUACGAGGAGCUAAAUAGAAAACAUCAGAAACUGUCUGAGGUCUAUGAUCCCCACCACAUUCGGGAUUGCUUAAAAGUGGCAGCACUAAAGGCUGAUGAGGAUGCAGAAUCCAUCGCGGAACAAUUUUUGUUAGGUAACAUUCCAGUAGAAACAUUUGUUUCCAAGUUUUCUGAGAAGCGAGCCCUGGGCCAAGCGAGAAGGGCAAGAGAGGAAAGACUCGGCCACCAGUUGGCACAGCUGGAUAAAGCUACUGCCUAAUGAAUUGGUUACUGUAUUGUGUACAUGGAUGUAGCCAGGAUUUUAAGGAGGAUAUGGAGGGUGAGGGGUAGGCAAAUUAAGAAAAUCCUAGACUUGGAAUUCGUGAUUUUUAAUAUAUAAUAUGAGUAUCUCACAAUAGUAUUGAAGGUGAGGUAAAAAUUAAAAAAAAGAAAUGAGAGACCGAACUGCCCUGCCCCGCCUCGCUACGCUCAUGAUUGUGUAAGUAGGAGUUCAUUGUAUAUUGCAAUAUAAAAUAUUUGGAUUAGUAAAAAUGUUACUUUCUUGCUAUUGCCUAUUGCAUUAUAAUUAUGAGUGGGAGUUUUGAAAAAAAUAUUUUUGUUUAGUAUUUUCUGAAAUUAUGUGAUAUUAUGUUGUUUGCGCGAGAAACGUAAAUUAUGUUCCUCUCUGAUUUUCAUAAAAAUCGAUUCAGCAGUUUAAGCAUAAAGAGCUAAUAAACAGACAGAUCUACUAUUCGACAUUAAUAAUAUUAGGUACGGAUUAGUAUGGUUGUUCAUAAUGUAGAAGUCGGUGUAGCAUUUUGUAAAAUUUUUAAUACAUAUACAUAAUUCAUAUUGACGGUGGAAUGAAAAAAUGAAUUUUUAAACAGAUUUUGACUUUAAAAAUCUUACAUUCAAAUAAAUUGUUCAAUAUUAUCGUAGGUCCGCUUAGACCAGGGUUUCUCAAUCUUUCGGCUCUACGAACCCCUGAUAAUAUUUCCAGGUGAAUAUUAUCAGGGGUUCGUGGAGCCGAAAGCCCCCCACUCCUCAGAUGUCAUUACUUACCCCUCAGUAAGUAAUGACAUCCCCCCCCCCCCAGAAAACUGUUGAAGAAAAUAAGGUUUUUAUUUGAAUACUAAUAUAUUGUUAUAAGUGCCAAAAGAGUGUCGCGUUUGUCUGCCAGUAAUAGGGAAUAUGCAUGAUUUUUUUUAUGACUUUAAUUAGUCCUUUAUAUUAUCUUUA